UGGCGCUGCGUUAAGCGUGCGCUGACGCCAUUGUGUAUGCGUGAGGCGAGAACAGCCGAAAUGGAGGAAAGUCAAACAUCGGAAAGUGUCGCCGUGCUACCGGACAUGUCCGAACCGUUGACGAGCGAGACCGAGGAGGCGUCUGCCCUAACGACCGAGCACGAGGCGCAUCCCGUCGCCGUGACGGCGAGCGUCACUCCAGUAGCGGGUGUUCCUGGUGUUCCAGGAGUUGGUGUACCGGUUUCUUUACCCGUUGGUUCAAUCAUUGGUGUUGCGAACUCGACCAACGGCACGACCUUCAACGUCAUCACUUCGGAUCAACUACAGUUACCUGGUUCCGGGCAGUUCAAACAGAUGCUAUGCGUAGACAAUGGUUUUAUCUGUGAACCGCGUCAUGAUAAGGAUACAGAUCCAUUGCGUUGGAACGGAGAAUUAAAAGCAACCCACAUAGUAAUUCAAAAUAGCACAGAGGAACAAGAAUCUGAACAAAUUCAUGUAUCGACUGCUAAUGCACAACCAAUAUGCAGCUGGUCAGAAUCUGCAAAUUUAGCAGUGUUACCAGUUAGAUGUAAAAAUACGAAUGCAGAAUUGCAUAAAAGUCGAUUCGGGUCUGGAGGAAGAGGAAGAUGCAUCAAACUUGGACAAGAUUGGUAUACGCCGAGCGAAUUCGAAGCACUUUGCGGAAGAGCAUCCAGUAAAGAUUGGAAGCGCAGUAUUCGAUUUGGCGGCAGAAGUUUACAGACGUUAAUCGACGAACAAAUUUUAAAGCCACACGCUACCUCUUGCACGUGCGCAGCGUGCUGCGACGACGACAGUGCAACCGGUCCAGUAAGAUUAUUUACACCCUACAAGCGUAGAAGAAGAGCCAGAGACACCUCCGACGGAGAAACGCCAUCCCGAAAGCUAAAAAGUGAUAACUCGCGGGAUGGUAGUAACAACGACGAAAGUGACGGUGAAGUAGUCAUACCUGAUAAAGAAGUGUGGCCCCAGUUUGUUUCAGCGGAGGGUUUAGUCGUGCAACAACCGCACGAAGAUACCGUUGUCCAAACUGUACAUCAAACUGAAAAUGGACAAGGCGAUGAUAUAUUUAAAAAGCUCGAGGAGAUGUCGAAUAAAAUGUUAAAGUUAGCUUAUGAAUUUAGGCGUACCUUAGAUGAGGCUAAGGAAGUAAGUAGACAACAAAGAAGAGAACAGGCGUUAGUUGCUCAAUUAGGAGGUAGAGGAGAUGUUAUUGAAACUGUUGGAUUGCAACCAGCGUCGGAUUCUCAUAAUAAAAAGUGUGCCAACUGUAAUAGAGAAGCAUUUGCAGAAUGUUCAUUAUGUAGACGAACGCCGUAUUGUUCUACGUUUUGUCAGCGCAAGGAUUGGGCGGGUCAUCAAGUGGAAUGUGUAAGAGGUGCUGCUGAAACUGUAAUGCUGAUAGUAGAAAGUAGUAGCGGAGAUACUACUACGCUAGCAACCACCGCCGGGGACCAAUAGCUAGUAUUUCUCACGCCUAUUCACCAAAGGAAUAUAGAUACUGAGCAAACUAACAUAGAUACUUCAACCCUGAAAGAAGAGACGAAGACUUAAGAAAAAUUUCUUUAUUGACCAGAGGGUCAAAAAAAAAUUCUGUAUAUAUGGUAGUAAAUAUUUUGUAUAUACAUAUGUUGAUUGUACGUAAGUUUGCACGAAGAUUGACAUUUUUUAAAGCCAACAAAUAGUAUAAAAUAUUAAUGAAAAUUCAUCAACCAAAUAAGUAUAGAAGUAAAGAAUAAUGUGCGAAUGCAUACGUACGUAUGGCGUACUUGAAUGUGUGUUUAUGUGUGAAUACAUACAUUUAUUGUAUUCCACAUAAUGAAAUAUACUUGUAUAAAUAGUUUUAUUCUUUUUCUUAUAAAAAUCGAAAACUGACCAAAGGAGGUAAUUACGCUUCUGAAUACGCAUUAUGAAUAUUUACACGACUUCAAAUCAUUGUUUUACGUGAUAAAUAAUCAUAACAUUUUAUUGGCUUCAAAUAUUAGUAAAAGUGUUAGAAUUAAUUCCUGACUUUGUGUACAUAGUAUACAAAACACCGAAAAGAUAAAAAAAUUCUGUCGGAUAUAAAUACACGAUAAAUGUGAUAUUUAAUCGAAAAUGUAUUAUUUAUCUACUGUUUUCAAUAUACUUACAUGUAUAUUUUCCCAUUAAAUGUCAAACCUUUUUUAUUCGAUUUUAUACGACAUUAUUAUUAUGCCGCGGUACAGGUAAUCCGUUGAGUAAAAUACGUAUAUAUGUAUUCAAAGUAACAAAAAGAAUAACACUUGUAAUUGUUAUAGACAUAUGCACUUUGUAUAUAAAUAAAUCUAUUCAAUAUCCGAAA